AUGACCAGUAUGGCCUACUCAGUCAAGUGGAAACUGGAAGACGCCUACGAAGACGAGAGGCGUGCGCACCAGAAUCAUGUCAGGCACCGCUACAUUUUCGACGACGCCGUACGUAUUUUGCGCGUUGAGGAUGCCAAGUUGCCCCCUUUCGUUAACAAGGCGGACAAGUCGGACAAGCCUGCAGGAUCGGCAGUAUCUGCCCGAGGAACGGGACACAAACGUGGCGCGCGAGGUAGCGGAUCAAACGCUAACAAUGGCCCCAAGGCGCCCAUUGAGUGCUACGUCUGCGCCAAGAAUCAUCCUGCUUUCAGGUGCCCCGACCGCAAGGCAAGGUCCACGUAG